AUGGCCAAAACAGCGGCAAUAAUUAUAGUUAAAAGCAAAUAUAUCAUUUAUUGCCGUAGCACGCUAUGUUUUUCUCGAUUUUUGAUUGAUGUCCAGCUCACAAAAUGUUACCCUCAGGUGGCUGAUGAACUGACGUUACCAAAAGGCUCCAAAGUGAAGGCUAUGUACUGCGAAGACGAAUGGCUUUACGUCCACUCAUCCGAUGGCAAACAUGGCUUCGUCCCUCAGACGUAUUGCACUCUCACUGUGGACCGCAAACCGAGUAUGUUUUAUGAAGCGCUCGGAAAAGCCACCAUGCGGCAUCGUCAUAUUGCUUUCCGGUCGGGUGACCUCACUGUGAGAAAAGGACAACAGGUCACCAUAUUGAACAUAGAUGAUCCAGAUUGGACUUUCGUACGAACUGCUCAUGGAAGGGAAGGUUUUGUUCCUUCAUAUUAUCUGGAUUACUACAGCGUCAACUCUAGAACCAGACGCACGAACCCAGAAGAACAGCUCUUGUUGGUCACAGAGGAUUUUUAUGGUCAACAUGUGAUGGAUAUUUCAGUAAAACAAGGAGAAUGGGUUCGAGUCCUUUCUAAAGAUCCCGAUGGAUGGUUAUGGGUGCGACGUCUACGAAAUGGGAAAGAAGGCUUUUUGCCGUCACGUAUAGCGAUCGUCGCCACCAACGUGUAA